AUGUCAGCAAACCACUUCCAGAACGUCACAGUCUUUGGUGCCGGCGGCACCAACAUCGGCCAUCACAUCGUCAAAGCCCUAUCCUCCAAACCCGACCUCUUCACCGUGACCAUCCUCGCGCGACGGUCCUCCAAGUCCACAUUCCCUGCCGGCGUCCAGGUGAAGUACAUCGACGACUCACUCCUACACGACGAGCUGGUCGCCGCCCUACAGGGCCAAGACGUGGUCAUCUCAGCCAUUGGCUUCGGCGCGAUCGCGCUCGAGAGGAAACUCAUCGACGCGGCCGCCGACGCGCACGUCAAGCGCUUCUUCCCCUCCGAGUACGGCGUCAACAACACGCACGCAGCCGCCCGCGCUCUGUGCCCGGUCUUUGAGUCCAAGGGUGCGAUCAUCGACUACCUGGCGGAAAAGCACCGCGUGGCUGCACCGCAUCUGACGUGGACGGCCGUGCCCACGGGCCUGUGGCUCGACUGGGCGCUCGAGCCGGCCAUUGCGUUCGCGGGCAUCGACAUCACGCACCACACCGCCGCGCUGUGGGCUGGGGGUGAGCACCGGUUAUCGUGGUCGACGCUGCCGUGGGCCGCCGAGGGGAUAUCGCGCAUGUUGCUCGCCCCGCCCGAGGUCACGGCCAACAAGGUCGUGCCGCUGCAUGGGUUCCUGGCGUCGCAGAAUGAGAUAGUUGCGCUAUUGGAGGAGAUGCAGGGCGUCAAGUAUGCAAUCUCCAGGCUGGACGAGGGGGCCGUCGUCGCUGCGGCGCGGCAGUCGUGGGAUCACAACAGGGACGUCAAGUCCGCGCUGGAUUUGGUCAAGGCGGGAUUCUUCCUCGAUGGGUAUGGUAGUGAUUUGGUCAGUGGGGGGAUCACAGCGCUUGGGAAUGAUGUUCUGGAUUUGUCGCCAUUGAGGUUGGAGGUCGUGGUCAAGGCAGUGGUGGAGAGGUGGGCGUCGUAG